AUGUCUGCAGAAGGUGGUCAAUUCAAGCCUGUUCCGGAGAAGCAGGCCCAGGACCUUCCAGGCACAGAGAGGGACAUGAAGCCGACUAGCGAGUCUACAAAGCUUGAAGGCAAAGACAAGUUCCACGAAUACCGCGCUGCCAACAAGCUCCAAGAUAGUAAGGCUCUGAUCACAGGCGGAGAUUCUGGAAUUGGACGGUCAGUCGCCGUCCUCUUUGCGCGUGAGGGUGCAGAUGUGAGCAUCGUGUACCUCCCAGAAGAGCAAAAUGACGCCGAGGACACCAAGAAGAUGGUUGAGGAAGAGGGCCGCAAGUGCGUGCUCAUCGCCGGCAACCUCAUGGACAAUGAGACGUGCCAAAAGGCGGUCCAGAAGCACGUCGACGAGUACGGCAAGAUACACAUCCUCGUCAACAACGCAUCCAAGCAGAUCAUGUGCAGUGACUUGAAGGAUAUCGACUUGGAUAAGGUUGAGAGCACCUUUCGCAGCAACAUUCUGCAGAUGUUUGCCAUUACCAAAUAUGCUCUUCAUCACAUGGAGACUGGCGGCUCAAUCAUCAACUCGACGUCCACGGUGGCCUUUAGGGGUACAGCCUCGAUGGUCGACUACGCAUCCACCAAAGGCGCAAUCACGUCCUUUACCCAGUCCCUCGCCAAGCAGCUCGUUUCAAAGGGCAUCAGGGUCAAUGCGAUCGCUCCGGGCCCUGUGCAUACCCCCCUUCAGCCGUCUUCCAGACCAGCAGAGCAGAUGGAAGGGUUCGGCCAGGGGUCUCAGCUCGGUCGUCCUGGACAGCCCAGCGAGGUUGCACCCAGCUAUGUUUUUCUUGCUUCCAAAGACUCGGAGCUUUACUAUGGGCAGGUUCUGCAUGCUUAUCCUCUCGGGGAUUAG